UCGCACGGGCCCGGGGCGGGCCCAGCAGAGGGCGGGUUUGAAAGCGCUCGGGCGGGCGCGGGAAGCGCUGGCCAAGCGCGCAGAUUUCGUCGCCGGAGGUGUCCUUCUCCAGCAGGACCCAAACUUCUGCCUGAGCCUGAGCCAGGACCCCCUCCUGGGGAACGCCCAGGUACCUUUGGCUCUCACCGUCCUGCCAACAUCGAGUCUACAAAUUUGCAAGAGCCAGAGGGAGGGAGCUGCCAGCCAGGCACGGCCGAGAACACUGGAGCCAUGACAACCAGUCACCAGCCUCAGGACAGGUAUAAGGCAGUAUGGCUUAUCUUCUUCGUGCUGGGCCUGGGGACACUGCUCCCCUGGAAUUUUUUUAUGACAGCAACCAAGUAUUUCACAAGCCGCCUGGACGUGUCCCAGAAUGUGUCCUCGGACACUGACCAAUCAUGCGAAAGCACCAAGGCCUUGGCUGACCCCACAGUGUCCUUGCCAGGCCGGAGUUCUCUCAGUGCCAUCUUCAACAAUGUCAUGACCCUGUGUGCCAUGCUGCCCUUGCUGGUCUUCACCUGCCUCAACUCGUUUCUGCAUCAGCGGGUCUCUCAGUCUGUUCGGAUCUUGGGCAGCCUGGUGGCGAUCCUGCUGGUGUUCCUCGUCACUGCCACCCUGGUGAAGGUGGAGAUGGAUGCUCUGUCCUUCUUCGUCAUCACCAUGAUCAAGAUUGUGCUCAUUAAUUCAUUUGGUGCCAUUUUGCAAGCCAGCCUUUUCGGUCUGGCAGGCGUCCUGCCAGCCAACUACACAGCCCCCAUCAUGAGUGGCCAGGGCCUGGCUGGCUUCUUCACCUCUGUCGCCAUGAUCUGUGCCAUUGCCAGUGGUUCUGAGCUGUCUGAAAGCGCCUUCGGCUACUUCAUCACAGCCUGUGCGGUUGUCCUUCUGGCCAUCCUGUGCUACCUGGCUCUGCCUCGGACGGAAUUCUAUCGCCAUUACCUGCAGCUCAACCUUGCGGGGCCUGCAGAGCAGGAGACCAAGUUGGAUCUCAUAAGAGAGGAGCCAAAAGGAAGAAGAGAGGAAUCUGGGGUGCCAGGCCCCAACUCUCCACCCACCGACAGAAACCAGUCUAUCAAAGCCAUACUUAAGAGUAUCUGUGUCCCGGCUCUGUCUGUCUGCUUCAUCUUCACGGUGACCAUUGGGUUGUUCCCUGCUGUGACCGCUGAGGUGGAGUCCAGCAUCGCAGGCACUAGUUCCUGGAAAAGCUACUUCAUUCCCGUGGCCUGUUUCUUGAAUUUCAAUGUCUUUGACUGGCUAGGCCGGAGCCUCACUGCUGUCUGCAUGUGGCCUGGCCAGGAUAGCCGCUGGCUGCCGGUUUUGGUCGCCUCGAGGAUUGUGUUUAUCCCCCUGCUGAUGCUCUGCAACGUGAAAGCGCGCCACUGCGGUGCGCAGCGGCACCACUUCGUCUUUAAGCAUGACGCCUGGUUCAUCGCCUUCAUGGCUGCCUUUGCCUUCUCCAACGGUUACCUCGCCAGCCUCUGCAUGUGCUUCGGGCCCAAGAAAGUCAAGCCUGCCGAGGCGGAGACAGCAGGAAACAUCAUGUCCUUCUUCCUGUGUUUGGGCCUGGCUCUGGGAGCUGUGUUGUCCUUCUUGUUAAGGGCACUUGUGUGACCCUGUGGGGACAGAAGAACUACACUGCCUGCUUCCUGCUCACUUCCUUCCCUGCCAGGGGCGCGCAGGGGUCGAGAGGGCUGCUCUUCUGACUGACUUCUGCUUUCCUCUGGACCCUGCUGCGCCCAGCUGUCCAGGAACCAGGGAUGGCCUGCGGGUGGACUUAGGAUUCGGGGUCAGAAUGGCAAGGGAUCAAUGGUCUCUGACCGACAGCUUUGACUCAUGCCCGCUUACCCAGGCACGAGAGACUCCAGGACCAAGAGAGAUCUGUCCGGCUGCCUGUCACAGGAUGGCCUAUCACAGGAUGGGGCGGAGACGGAUGGCUGACUGGUGUCGUGUGACCUGAUGUCCCUCCCCUCGCCCUUCUUCCUUCUGUGCCUGUUCCAUGUCCCCAGCCCUGGCCAUUUUACUGCCUUUUUUUAUACUGACAGAAACCAGGUGCCUUCAGAGGCCAACUGAUUAAAUAAACAUUUUUUUUUUUUCUCUCCAUA